AUGGAUGAGAAGGACGAGAUCACAUCCCGUUUAACACCACCUAGACCUCCCGAUGAUUCUGACAGCGUCCAAGAGUACGAGGUUAUCGAGAUUGAGGAAGAUGAAGAAGACGAGUCUCCUAGGGUACCCAUCAGACAAGCUCUCAAGCAGAUUUCUCGGAAUUAUAACUCCUACUCCACAAACGCAAAUGCUUCUCCCUACCACGCCGGAGACGGGUUUUCUGAACGUGAGGCCAAGCCAAGCGGGAUGAACCGCUUAACCAGGAAUGGCAAGCUGUCUAGUUUCAGCUUUUACCUGGGUGAACUUGACCUUGCUCAGUCAGAACCUCCCAGCAAGCCCAAACGCAAAGCACGAAGGGUAGUUUUUGAUAACUCUUUUCUUCCCUUGCCCAACAAGAAACCUCGACGGCGCUUGUCGAAUAAACAAGGAACGACAGAGCAGGAGGUAAAACAAGAGAGGUGCUCGCCUGCACCAAUAUCAGAUAAUGGUCUUGCUGAAGGACAGCUUGAUCAACAAGUUAAGAACGCCUCUGAAGAGCAACAAAAACUCAGGAGCUGCAAUGGUGCGCAGCACGAGACGUUCAUUGCUGGCGCAAAGGAGCCAGGCAGCUGCGAGACGCGUAUCUCAGAAUCGCCGCCAUGGAGGUAUCACCACGAGGGGAGAGCCGCGUCGUCUGCCCCUGAUUGCGAAGCAAAGCUCAAGAAACAGAACGAUUGCCUGCCGUUCAUCUUCGACUUUACGGAUUUCGGCUUGCUUUACUUUGAGUUUGGUAUUUGA